GUAAACAGAAGAAACAGGUGAGGUAGGGAAAUCAUUUCUUCAAAGAGGAACAUGGACUUUUUGCAAACUCUUCCACCAAGAAAAGUAUGAUUGCAUAGUAUGCCCCUACUUUACCCCCACCCCCGCAGUACUACUGAUGCACAAGAAUCAUACUGUAAAACCCAAUAAUACUUUCAGGUUGAUGUACUGUACCCUUACCCCUUUGUUUAUCCUCAAACAUAUUUGUUAUAUUUUCAUUUCAUACUGAUAAGAGAGAAUUGAAGCCCUAAUUUGGAGCAAUGUUGGAUCCGGCAAGUGAUUUGGUACCGCCACCUUCUUCUCCUACCAUUUCAUCUGUUUCUUCUUCUGAUCUCGACACUGAGUCUACAGGUUCAUUUUUUCAUGAUCGGAGUAUAACACUAGGAACUCUCAUGGGAGUUACAUGUCAAGCGAUCACGUUUAGAGCACCGUCAAUGACUCAGAACCGCCAGUCAAACGUUGAAACCUCCGUCGGCGCUCUGAAGAACAGGAAAUCGAAGAAGAGUAGAGUCGCGGCGGCGGAAGAGGAGGAGCGCCGCCAUUUCCGGCGGCGGAGGUGGUGGAGGCUUUGCAGAGACGAAUGCGAUUCCAAGCCAGCGUCGCUCGGAGAGUAUCUCGAGGUCGAGCGGAGAGAAAACGGAGCGAUUGACGACGGUGCAGCGGCGGCGGCGGCGGCUGAGCUGGAAGGUGUUGUUAUCGACGCGCCGCCGUCAAAUGGAAGGACGUUAUUUGCCGACGGGAGAGUUUUGCCGCCGGUGGAAGUUGAAGAAGAUUCAUCGCCGGCGGGAGCGCUAGGGUUGUGUAGAUUCUCUGUGUCGUCGCUUUCGGGAAUCUGUAGCCGUUAAAUAGACGUAUCAUUAACUUUUUGAUUCGCCAUUAAUUGGUUUAAACUUUGUUACGGAGUAUUAGAUAUAAUCAUUAAGAAGAAGCAUGAACGCAGAGAAUCAGAAAAAAAUACAGAAGUCGUCCUUUAUUGGCCACUGUCUAUUUAUUCUCA